AUGACUGGUACUUCUGAAGAAACAGGAAUAGUGGAUGUGACCAUUAGAAAUGCUGAACUCGCUGAUCAGAGUGAAUUGAUCUCUCAGUUAAUGCAACGAAUUACAGACAUGCAGGAAGAGCUUCAACAGACCAAAGAUCUGGCCAAACUGGCCAUUGCAUCGAAUGAACCCCCCCUUGAAACUAGAAGACCGCCUCCUUCUUUUCCAUCACUGAGUUCCCCAUUACCCAACUAUUUCCCUACCCAUACCACAGGACCAAUCACUUCCAUCCCUAAUCCUCAUACCAUCGACUUAACUGUAUCCAACACUCCUUAUGCUAGCACUUCCUACCAAACACCACCACCAUUACCAAAUCCGAACCAAACACCUAACACUAAUCACUCCCAAAACUUCAUGCCAACCUAUCAAAUCCCAGUCCCAGUCCCAGUCCCCAAUAAUCCAAAUGUUUUGCCUAGCCUGCCUACACACCCUUCCGUAACAUUCCAAACUCCACCAGUCUAUACAAUCUCUGAGCCAUGUCCUAACUUUCCAGUUCAACCGGAGCUUGAUCACUAUGAAGAAAUGGAGAAGGAGUGGAGGUUGAGAGAAGAAAAACGUGAACAAGAAAUGAAUAUUAUGAAGGAUGCCAUCUCCGAGGCAGUAAAAAGUGUCCAAUCUUCGAGGAAGAUAACAGGACUUGAGUAUGAGGACCUUUGCAUGCACCCUGACUUGGAAAUACCCGAAGGUUACAAAAUUCCAAAAUUUGAAACCUUCAAUGGUAUUGGGAACCCUAUGGCUCACCUACGAGCUUAUUGUGAUAAACUCGUGGGUAUCGGGAAAAAUGAUGCAUUGAUUAUGAGGUUGUUUAGUCGAAGCCUCAGCGGGGAGGCGUUAGAAUGGUUCACAUCUCAAGAACUCCGUCAGUGGUCUACAUGGGGGGCUCUGGCCAAAGAUUUCUUGGAGAGAUUCCAGUUUAAUGUCGAAGCUGUCCCUGACAGAUAUUAUUUGGAAAAAAUCAAGCAAAAGUCCACGGAGGACUAUCGUGAAUAUGCGUGCCGCUGGAGGAAAGAAGCUGCAAAGGUACAACCUGUGAUGACUGAAAAUGAAAUAACCUCUGCUUUUAUUCGAGCUCAGGAGCCCGAGUAUUAUGAAAGGAUGUUGCCUAUGAUGGGACAAAAGUUUUCGGAGUUGAUCAGGAUGGGAGAAGCAAUAGAAGAUGGCCUCAAGUCUGGAAAGGUUACAAGUCUCACUGCCUUGCAGGCCGCCAACAAAUCCUCACCAGCCAUGGCCACAGGAUUCGCUAGGAAAAAGAAAGAGGACGUGUCUGCUGUAUCUUUUAGCCCGAGGCCAAGGUCGCAAAGGUAUUUUGGGUCUGGUUCUGCCAUUGGAAACUCCAACCGAUUCCCCACCCCAAAUAUUUACCCACUAUCUCCACAAGCUUCAAUCCAAAUCUAUUAUGCACAACAGAACUACCAAGCACCACCGCCCAUCUACCAAAAUCAACCACUAACCUACCAAAAUACACUACCAAAUCACCAAGCCAAUGCACCAGUCUACCAACAUACCGGACAAAACAACCCAAAUGCCAACAAUCUACCCCGUCCUAACCUCGAAAGAAAGCCUCCCAGAGUUUUCACUCCUUUGGCAGAAACACGUACCCAACUCUUUGAGCGUCUAAGAGCGGCAGGAUUGAUCCAACCAGUAGACGCAAGGGCAAUUAAUCCCAUAACAAAGUUCUUCCGAGCAGAUCAACGUUGUGCGUACCAUUCUGGAGGGGCAGGGCAUGAUACAGAAGGAUGUAUCAAUCUGAAAUAUAAGAUUCAAGACUUGAUCGAUAACAGGGUCAUCACUCUCCAAGCCCCUGCCCCCAAUGUGAACCUUAACCCAUUGCCGAAUCAUGGAGGAGCUACCAUCAAUAUGAUUGAAAGAGACGAAGAUUGGCUUACUAAUGGGACUAUCGGUGAAGCAGUUGUCAACUCACUUAUACCAACAGUGGCCUCAUUGACCAUAAAGGCCCGUCCAGAGUUUGUUGUAAUAACUGCGCCUCAUCAGGCAUUUGCUUUGGUGAAGGAAAGAAGCAAUGAACAGCCCAAAGAAAAGUUUGUCGUGCAGGCGGCUACCGCACAAGGGAUGACACGUUCUGGAAGAUGCUACAUUCCAGAAGAACUAACUCAGGAGACACGAAGAAAGGAUAACCAAAAAAGACCGAUCACAGAGAGUGAGGCUGAAGAGUUUUGGCGAAGAAUGCAGCCUAAGGAGUAUUCCAUUGUCAAGCAUUUGGAGAAGACUCCCGCUCAAAUUUCUGUUUGGGCUCUAUUAAUGAGUUCUGAGUACCAUCGAAAAGCACUGUUGAAGGUACUUGAUGAAGCAUAUGUGCCGACAGGAACAAGUGGUGAGAAUCUGGCCACCAUGGUAAGUCAUGUCAUUGGGAGUCAUCAAAUCUCUUUCCGAGAAGAAGAGUUGCCACUCGAAGGGGUUAUGCACAACCGUGCCUUAUAUAUCACCGUCAAAUGCAGGGACAAGUUUAUAGCGCGAGUAUUGAUUGAUAAUGGCUCAGGACUUAAUAUCUGCCCAUUAUCAACCCUUACUCAGCUAAAUUAUGAUGUUGGAAAAAUCCGUCAAAGCCGCAUGAAUAGAAAUCAAUUGGUUUUUGCUGGUUCUGCUCUACUGGGUCUUGAUUUUCAUGUCCAUGGAUUUACGGCCAGUUAUGGUUAUUGA